CUGAGAGGACACGGAGCGCGAGGAGACGACCAGAGUCUCGGAGAAAAGACGGUUUGGGAUCCGGCUCCGUUCUGGCCUCAAUCCGGGCCUAAUGCUGUAGCAGCCAGCGGGACCGAGCAGAGAGACACGCAGUGAUUGAGAGCCGGAGAGGGACUCGGCGCACCGGAGACUCGAGGAUCUUUCUAGUGGAGACAUCAUGGGGUGCACGCUGAGCGCCGAGGAGCGCGCCGCGCUGGACCGGAGCAAGGCCAUCGAGAAGAACCUGAAGGAGGACGGCAUGGUGGCGGCCAAGGACGUCAAGCUGCUGCUGCUCGGCGGAGGAGAGUCCGGGAAGAGCACCAUCGUCAAACAGAUGAAGAUUAUCCAUGAGGACGGCUUCUCUGGGGACGAUGUGAAGCAGUAUAAGCCCGUGGUCUACAGCAACACCAUCCAGAGCCUCGCCGCCAUCCUCCGCGCCAUGGACUCCCUGGGCAUCGAGUUCGGAGACAAGGACAGAAAAGCGGAUGCUAAGCUGGUGUGUGACGUGGUGAGCCGUAUGGAGGACACGGAGCCGUACUCUGCCGAGCUGCUCACCGCCAUGAAGCGCGUCUGGUCCGACGCCGGCACGCAGGAAUGCUUCAGCCGCGCCCGCGAAUACCAGCUCAACGACUCGGCUCAGUACUACCUGGACAGUCUAGACCGGAUCGGGGCAGCAGACUACCAGCCCACAGAGCAGGACAUCCUGAGGACCCGCGUCAAGACCACCGGCAUCGUCGAGACCCACUUCACCUUCAAAAACCUCCACUUCAGGCUGUUUGAUGUUGGAGGUCAAAGGUCAGAGAGGAAGAAGUGGAUCCACUGCUUCGAGGACGUGACCGCCAUCAUCUUCUGUGUUGCUCUGAGCGGAUACGACCAGGUCCUCCACGAAGACGAGACCACUAACCGCAUGCAUGAGUCGCUGAUGCUCUUUGACUCCAUCUGCAACAACAAGUUCUUCAUCGACACCUCCAUCAUCCUCUUCCUCAACAAGAAGGAUCUGUUCGGAGAGAAGAUCAAGAAGUCUCCACUGACCAUCUGUUUUCCAGAAUACACAGGUGCUAAUACCUACGACGAUGCUACGGGGUAUAUUCAGGUCCAGUUUGAGAGUAAGAACCGAUCUCCUAAUAAGGAGAUCUACUGUCACCUGACCUGUGCCACAGACACAGGAAACAUCCAGGUAGUGUUUGAUGCCGUCACUGACAUCAUUAUUGCAAACAACCUUAGAGGGUGUGGCUUAUACUGAGGCCUGGCCAAGCACAGAGGUUGUCAUGGAGAGUAUGAGGUGUUAAUAAUGAUAAUUUUGAUGAUACUUAAACACAUAAAUAUGUAAUUCUACACGUCCAAAUGGACCCAAAGAGCUGCCGUCCGACACCACACUGGAUUUAUUGCCAUGAUUUGUUCCCUUCCUCUCAUUUCUUUGGUUUCAGUACAGUACACGACCCCCGUUUUGUGUUUUAAAGUGUGUUUUUGAGCUGAAUGUUGGAGGUGCAGCAGCGGAGCCUCGUUCCUGCUGCAGACGAGAGCGAGCAGUCGUUUUAAAUACAGCGCCGACUCUUGUCCCGUUUCUCUGUGUGACGUUUUUAUCUGGAGGCGUUUCUAUCCUGAAUAUGGCCCGUUGUGCUCCGUUUGAAGAGCUGCUGUGUGUUUGAAGGUGGAGGAGACGAGGAGACGAGGAGGUGCUGAGCUCGUGGCUGAGGGUCACGGUUAGCAUGGAGGCUAUUUUAACUUCUCCUCCACACACACAUGACUGAGCAGCCUGCAGCUCUCUCUCUCUAACACACAAUGAAUGAGAGGAUUCUUCUGUUCACCACCCGUUUCCAUUCUGUAGCGAGAGGAAAUCAUCUCAAAAAGACAAAAAAAAAACAAGUAAUAUCGGUGCCAACCAUCUGAGGACAGAUUAGGAUCAGAAUCAUAAUCAUGUUCAUAUUAUUUAAGCAACAUAUUCUUCUUCUUCUUCUUCUUCUUAUCAUCGAUGAUUGAUUUAUUUAAGCCUCAUGCCCUACAUGCCUCCUCCUACCUCCUCUAACCCGUGCCACAUAUUUAUUUCCUGAGGUGACCCCGAGGUCCACAGCCACCUACCUGUCUACCUGUCCACCUGUCUGUCUGUCUGUCUACCUGUCUACCUGUCUGUCUGUCCUCCUGUCUGUCUGUCUGUCUGUGGGUCAGAAGCGUCUCGAUGACGUCAUGUUCUCCGUGUUUCCCUUCAUGUGAAUCUGUAGAAGUAGAAGAACGCACGAGAACAGAAUCAUGGAGGCAGCGUCUGUCUGGAGGUCUCCUCCUGGAGGUCUCUCCUCCUGGAGGUCUCCUCCUUGGGGUCUCCUCCUGGGUCUCUCCUCCUCAUUAGUAAACAGGAACCAUGGUCCCGCCCCCCCACCUGUCUGUCACCUUCCUCUUGUCACUCAGAGAGGAGAACAGCUCUCCAUCUUCACCUGUGCACCCAGAACCUCCUCCUCCUCCUCCUCCUCCUCCUCCUCCUGCUCCUCCUCUAUACUCUUAUCUAUCACAUAUCAGUCCCGUAUCCUAUCUCCAUCUUCACCUUAAAGCACCGUACUGUAUAUAUAUUAUGAUUAUACCAGAUUUUUUUUUUACUGUGAAUGUUUUUGUGCUGCACCCCCCAUCCUCCUAUUGGUAGUUUAUUGGUUGCUCUCAUGUGGAAUGUUUGUGCUGAGCCAAUCGAAUGUUGUGUUUACAUUAAAGCCACACUUUUCCUAACUA